CCAUUCGCCACGAUUCACCCUCUCUCGCAGCGACUGCAACGACAACGGCGCUGCGACGACGACGACGACGACGACCAUCGCCGUCCUCACUCGCUUUGCUACAUCGCGCUGCUAGGGGCUACCCACUCCAUUCUACGCCCUCUACCGCGUCGCAGCAUCGCAGCUCCGUCCUCGAAUCCUCCUCGCUAGCCCUCUGCGCAGCCUUGUCCCCUACUGACUGCACUCGUACCGACAUACAUCGCCGAAGAUGGACGACUUUGAUGACUUCAUGACUGCAGGAGGAGGAAGACCGCCACCAGAAGGAACUGCCUCCCAUCGUCCUGCAGCCUCUCGUGGCCCCUACGGCACCAAUUCCUUUGAUCCAUUCGCCAGCACCGACUCUCUUGGCCUCCCUCCAUCUGGUAGCCAGCAGCAGCAGCGAGGAGGAUCGUCACACGUCCUCGUCGACGCAGGCGAGGCGGAUCUGCUUGGAGGCGAAGACGGAUACAACCCGUCCAACUACUCGCGACCGAGCUACCAACAACGAGCCUCGACGUCCAAGUCUGGCUACCCACCCUCCAUAGCCUCUUACGAUGACCAUCAACCGAUGGGUGGCUCUAUCAAUCAUCGAUCUCCUUUUGACGCAUCACAAGCCUCAUUCCAUGAUGGCCCUCUGUCAAAGAGUGGCAUGCCGCCAGCAGGCUCGUCCAAUGGUCCCUUCCACGACGUCUAUGCCGUUCGCUCAAAUGCAGAAAGCAAUUUCAAGAGUAUAGAGGCAGAUGACGAUCCAGAUUCACCUGGACAGCCGGAGGGACUCUCAUACAGUUGGGGCCGGGGCGCUAGCGGCGGCGGUCGAUCAGGAGCUCGCGACGGUGCUGCAGGCUCUAGACGGCCAGCUUCAAAGGGCUUCAUGCCUUCAAGUGCUGCGGGCCAGUCGAGGUCACUUCCCUCAGACAGCGUCUUUGACGGCGCGAAGAGGUCAUACCGCAAUCUAAAGGAAGACAUGCAAGGCCUGCUCAAGGGCAAGGCUGCGAGGAACAAGGUGCCAGAGGGCGAGAGAGUGGUUCGCCUCAAUGACCCCCUGACCAACGACCGUGAAGGAGGCUUCAGAGACAAUUACAUCUCGACGAGCAAAUUCAACAUCCUCACCUUCAUACCCAAGUUCCUGCUGGAGCAGUUCUCCAAGUACGCGAACGUCUUCUUCCUCUUCACCGCCUGCAUCCAGCAGAUCCCAAAUGUUUCGCCCACGAACCGAUGGACGACCAUCGUGCCCCUGGGCGUCGUGUUACUGGCCAGUGCAUUCAAGGAGAUCAAGGAGGACGUCAAGCGCCACCAGUCGGAUGCUGAGCUCAACGGGCGAAUUGCUCAGGUGCUCAAUCCUGCGACGGGGCAAUUUGAGCCGCGAAGAUGGCGUCACAUUCGCGUCGGCGACAUCAUCCGCGUCGAGAGCAACGAUUUCUUUCCAGCCGAUCUCGUACUGCUAAGCAGCUCUGAGCCAGAGGGACUUUGCUACGUGGAGACGGCCAACUUGGAUGGCGAGACCAAUCUCAAGAUCAAGCAGGCAAGCCCAGACACGGCCCGCUUGACGAGUCCGCAGUCAGCUUCAGCAAUUCGUGGCCAGCUCAACUCGGAGCAUCCCAACAACAGCCUCUAUACCUUUGACGCCACGAUGAACAUGCAGUCGAGCAGCACGCCCGGCUUCAGCGGAAUCCCGUUCAAAAAGGUGCCGCUUGGUCCGGACCAACUCUUACUGCGAGGCGCCCAGCUGAGGAACACGCCUUGGUGCUACGGUCUCGUCGUCUUUACCGGUCACGAGACGAAGCUCAUGAGGAACGCGACAGCGGCGCCCAUCAAGAUCACGGCCGUCGAGAAGAUGGUCAAUGUCCAGAUCUUGCUCCUUUUCAUCCUGCUCCUCGCUCUCUCCAUCGCCUCGUCCAUCGGCAGUAUCGUUCGCAACACAGCCUUCGCUGGCGAGAUGAGGUACCUGCUCCUCAGCGAAGACUCCAAGGGCAAGGCUCGCGUCUUCGUCGAGGACAUUUUGACCUUCAUCAUCGCCUACAACAACUUGAUCCCCAUCUCGCUCAUCGUCACGAUCGAGGUGAUCAAGUACCAGCAGGCCAUGCUGAUCAACUCGGAUCUGGACAUGUACUAUGCACCCACCGACACGCCUGCCCUCUGCCGCACUUCGAGCCUCGUCGAGGAGCUUGGACAGAUCGACUACAUCUUCUCCGACAAGACAGGUACGCUGACCCGGAACGAGAUGGAGUUCAAGCAGGCGUCCAUCGGAGGCGUGUCCUACACUGACGUUAUUGACGAGUCAAAGCAGGGGACGGGCGACAUUGGACCCGAUGGCAGAGAGAUCGGUGGUCAGCGUACUUGGCACGAGCUCAAAGCCAUCAUGGGUGGCACCAUCCCGGAUGACGGCAGUAGCGGCGUCAUCGACGAGUUCCUUACCCUCCUCGCCGUCUGUCACACCGUCAUUCCUGAGCGUCACGGCGAUCGCAUUAAGUUCCAAGCCUCCAGCCCAGACGAAGCAGCACUUGUAGCUGGCGCCGAGUCGCUUGGGUACCGCUUCACGACGCGCAAGCCGCGCUCCAUCUUCAUCGAGGUGCGUGAUGUCGAGGAGGAGUAUGAGAUCCUGCAAGUGUGCGAGUUCAAUUCGACGAGAAAGCGCAUGUCCACCGUGGUGCGCUGCCCUGACGGCAAGAUCAAGCUCUACUGCAAGGGAGCAGACACGGUCAUUAUGGCGAGGCUGAGCGAGAAUCAGCCUUACACGGAGCAGACGCUCGUUCACCUCGAGGACUACGCGACCGACGGUCUGCGCACUCUUUGUGUGGCGAUGAGGGAGGUCUCUGAGCAGGAGUACCGCCAGUGGGCCAAAGUAUACGAGUCGGCUGCAGCCCAGAUCAGUGGGCGCGCCGAAGCGCUGGACCAGGCUGCAGAAAUCAUCGAGCAGAACAUGUUCCUCCUGGGCGCGACUGCCAUUGAGGACAAGCUACAAGAGGGCGUGCCCGAGACGAUUCACACGCUCCAGAAUGCCGGCAUCAAGGUUUGGGUCCUCACAGGCGAUCGACAGGAGACGGCGAUCAACAUUGGUCUUUCCUGCCGGCUGAUCUCCGAGUCCAUGAACUUGGUCAUUGUCAACGAGGAGAAUGCACACGAUACGGCCGACGUGCUCAACCGGCGCUUGCACGCCAUCAAGAGCCAGCGCAGCGUAGGCGAGAUUGAGGAGCUUGCGCUGAUCAUAGACGGCAAGAGUCUGACCUUUGCGCUCGAGAAGGAGAUUAGCAAGAGCUUCCUCGAGCUGGCGCUAAUGUGCAAGGCAGUCAUCUGCUGCCGUGUCAGUCCGUUGCAGAAGGCGCUGGUCGUCAAGCUGGUCAAGAAGAACAAGAAGGCGUUGCUUUUAGCCAUCGGGGAUGGGGCCAACGACGUCAGCAUGAUUCAGGCUGCACACGUUGGUGUGGGUAUCAGCGGUGUUGAAGGUCUGCAGGCGGCAAGAAGCGCCGAUGUUGCCAUCUCCCAAUUCCGCUACUUGCGCAAGCUGCUCCUCGUACACGGCUCGUGGUCGUACACAAGGUUGAGCAAGAUGAUUCUCUACAGCUUCUAUAAGAACAUUACCCUCUACAUGACUCAGUUCUGGUUUUCCUUCCAGUCCUCCUUCUCUGGUCAAGUUCCCUUCGAGUCCUGGACUCUCUCCCUCUACAACGUAGUCUUUACCGUCCUCCCUCCCUUGGUCAUUGGCAUCUUCGACCAGUACCUCAGUGCCCGAAUGCUCGACCGCUACCCACAGCUGUACGGUCAGAUCUUCUUCAACCGACGGAAGUUCUGGGGAUGGACGCUCAAUGCCUUCUACCAUAGCUUGCUGGCAUACAUCUUUGUGACUGCAAGCUUUUGGACGUCACUGCAGAGUGGGGAGGGGUACACGCCUGACCUCUGGGUGUGGGGGACGACCCUGUUCAUCGCUGUGCUGGCCACAGUACUGGGCAAAGCGGCGCUGGUCUCCGACUUGUGGACAAAGUACACAUUUGCCGCUAUCCCUGGCUCACUCGCCUUCACUCUCGCCUUCCUUGCUGUCUACAUGAUCGUAGCCCCAGCCAUCGGCUUCUCAAAGGAGUACGAGCACCUCCUCGGAGCCGUGUACGGUUCUCCCCUCUUCUGGUUCUCACUACUCCUCGUCCCGGUGGCGUGUUUGGUAAGAGACUUCACUUGGAAGUUCUGGCAACGUACAUGGAGGCCGGAGAGUCGACAUAUUGCCGCUGAGAUCCAGAAGUACAAUCUGGUGGAUCAUAGACCUAGGAUGUCCGAGUUUCAAAAGGCGGUGCGCAAAGUUAGGGUGAGUACUGCGUGCGCGGCGUGGCAGAAGCGGGCCGUCUCAGAAGAAGCUAGACUGACACCCUUCCCUUGCCCCCUUUAUCGCAUCGCAGGCCGUACAGAGGAUACGACGCACAAGAGGCUAUGCGUUCAGCGGUGGCGAGCAGGGAGAGGAGGCCCGUCUCAUUCGACUGUAUGAUACGACGCGGCCCAAGCCAGACGGACUUGGUGGUCAUGAUUGAUAUUGACGUGGCAAACGCGACGAAAGCGCAACAAUGACGAACAAUGUAAUGCAAUUGGUGUCUCACGAGCCCAGCGCCGGGUCCAGCCUGGUCUCGAUGUCGUAUUGCCCCGUCGUCGCCUUUGUCUUUGCCCUUCACGUUGUACGAGUUGAGCCAGGGUCCCUUGCUCGCUCGGUAGUUCACUCAUCUGCUGCACGCCAGUGUUGAUUUUCUGACUUGAGCUGACCCGACUCAGAUCGCGUCGACGCGCCCCGCUCCGCUCAGGCUCAGGCUCU